GUAUCAAUCAGUGUGUCUUGAAUACAUCUUUUUAAAAUUAAAUUUAAAUAUGUGGAUAUUUACAUUAGGGUUAUUUCUACUGACUAUUUUAUUAAAAGAAGAGAGUGUAGCAGCGGUAUCGGAAAGCAGCUGUUCAUUCAUGCCACAGAAGACCUGUGGAUUUACUGUAAAUCAGAGGUGGGCGAUUCAGAAUGGAACAUUUAAAUAUAGAUUUCUCGUCAUUCCUCCCAGUCCGGACAAAGAUGGCUAUUUUGCUUUGUUUCAAACAAGCCAAGUACAAAACAAAACGCUAGAUACCAUCACAUCAGGAUUCGUGACUGCUGGUACAUACUGUAUAAAAUACUGGAUGUUCGCACAAUCGGCGCAAACUCAGCUGUACAUUAUUAAACAUACAACAGAAAAAGAUUACAACAUUUCUUCUUUUAAAAAUGCAACUCAUCACUGGAAAGCUUUUGCAAUACCAGCAUCAUCGUCCUCGGAUUUUCAGGUGAAAUUUCGUUCAGUUGUGACCGACGUUGUGACCCACACUGGACAUCAUAUAACUCCUCAUAUAUUCAUUGGAUUAGAUGACGUACGGAUUGUGCCCAUAAAUGAUACCAACGAAUGUGUAAGCUCCGCCUCUACAACUUCAGUAACCACAGAGACUACACCUGAACCAACCACAACUGAUAUACCAGCACAAAAAUACACAACAACGCAGAAACCAACCACAACGCUUAAAACGACACAUAAACAAACAACAACGUCAAUACAAACCACAACGCUUAGAACGACACAUAAACAAACAACAACGUCAACACCAACCACAACGCUUAAAACGACACAUAAACAAACAACAACAUCAACACCAACCACAACGCUUAAAACGACACAUAAAAAUAGAACAACGCAGAACCCAACCACAACGCUUAAAACGAUACAUAAACAAACAACAAUGCAGAAACCAACCACAACGCUUAAAACGACACAUGAACAAACAACAACGCAGAAACCAACCACAACGCAUACAACGACACAUAUACAAACAUCAAAGCAGAAGCCAACCACAACGCAUAAAACGACACAUAAACAGACAACAAAACAAACACCAACCACAACGCACACAACGACACAUAUACAAACAACAACGCCAGCACCAACCACAACGCAUAAAACGACACAUAAACAAACAACAACGCAGAAACCAACCACAACGCAUAAAAUGACACAUAAACAGACAACAAAACAAACACCAACCACAACGCAUACAACGACACAUAAACAAACAACAACGCCUGCACCAACCACAACGCAUAAAACGACACAUAAACGAACAAAAACACAGAAACCAACCACAACGCUUAUAACGACACAUAAACAAACAAAAACGCAGAAACCAACCACAACGCAUAAAAUGACACAUAAACAGACAACAAAACAAACACCAACCACAACGCAUACAACGACACAUAAACAAACAACAACGCCUGCACCAACCACAACGCAUAAAACGACACAUAAACGAACAAAAACACAGAAACCAACCACAACGCUUAAAACGACACAUAAACAAACAAAAACGCAGAAACCAACCACAACGCUUAAAACGACACAUAAACAAAGAACAACGCAGAAACUAACCACAACGCUUAAAACAACACAUAAACAAAGAACAACGCAGAAACCAACCACAACAUAUAAAACAACACAUAAACAAACAACAACGCAGAAACCAACCACAACGCUUAAAAGGACACAUAAACAAACAACAACACAGAGACCAACCACAACGCUUAACACGACACAUAAACAAACAACAACGCAGAAACCAACCAUAAUGCUUAAAACGACACAUAUAAAAACACCAACGCCAGCACCAACCACAACAUAUAAAACGACACAUAAACAAACAACAAUGCAUAAACCAACCACAACGCUUAAAACGACACAUAAACGAACAACAACGCAGAAACCAACCACAACACUUAAAACGACACAUAAACAAACAAAAACGCAGAAACCAAACACAACGCUGAAAACGACACAUAAACAAACAACAACAAAAAAAUCAACCACAACGCUGAAAACGACACAUAAACAAACAAAAACGCAGAAACUAAACACAACGCUGAAAACGACACACAAACAAACAAGAACGCAGAAACCAACCACAACGCUUAAAACGACACACAAACAAACAACAACGCAGAAACCAACCACAACGCUUAAAACGACACACAAACAAACUACAACGCAAAAAUCAGCCACAACACAUAAAACAACAGCGCAAAAAGCAACAACAACGCAUACAACGACAGACAGACAAACAACAAUGCAUAUACCAACUACAACACAUGUACCAACAAAUAAAGAAACAACAAUGCAUAAAAUAGAUACAACAUAUUCAUCAGUCAACACGCAUAAACUAACUAUUACGAAUGAAUUGUCAACAACGUCUAAACCAACUAAGACGCAUAAACCGUCCACAGUACAUGGACCAACCACCAUUCACAAAUCAACCAUGACGCAAAAAACAGACAAAAUAAUCAAAACAACAACAACGAUACAUAAAUUAACAGCAACUCAUAAACUAACCACGAAGCAUGAACUAAUCACAACUCGUAAACCAACCGGUACGCAUGGAUCAACAACAACGUCUAAACCAGCUGAGACGCAUGAACAAACCUCAACACAUAACCUAACUACAACACGUAAACAAACCACAACGGAUAAACUAAUCACAAAAUAUAAACCAAACACGGCGCCUAAAUUAACCACAAUGAAUAAACUCUCCACAACUACUAGACAAUUAACCACUGGUAAAUUACAGACAACAAAAACGUCUUCUCAUUUAAAACCAAUGACAACAACACCUGUUCUAAGUGGCAAAAAUAGUCAGCAGAAAGCAGCAAUCAAAACUCCAACUAUUGUUGGGGGUGUAGCAGGAGGGUUGGGUGCGCUUGUAUUAGUUCUUGUUAGUGUUUAUUGUUAUAUGAGAUAUAAGGGUAGAAUGGAGUCUCACAUAUCUAAUUAUACGGAUGAUGACAUACAGGCUACUUUCGAUAAAAGUGUAAAGCGAAAUAGUAAUGACCUUACUAUGCAACAACUAAAUGGAGUAAAUAGUGUGAAUAAUCCGGAGUACGCAGCUAUGGAUAUGCAGCCUAUCAACGAUCCUACUUCAAGAUUUAGUGCACGUAGUUUUGAUAAUAAGGUUUAGAUUGACUCAGUAAAAGACAGCUAGACUAAGUAUACAAGCGUAUAUAACUCCAAAAUGUACAUGAACUCUUUAUUAGCUGAGGUGUUAAUAUCCUGUAAUAAAAUCUGGAUCAAUGCUGGUUGCAAAUGCACAAUGUUCGUUCUCAUGGUGCGGCUCAAUUAUAAAGUUAUCAGCUAUCAGCCUGGGUAUUUGAGGAAAUGUAAUUACAUUGGAUGGUGCGCACAGAUUGAAAUGUUGAUGUUUCAACACCAAUUUCAGAAUGAAUUUCCGGUUUAAACGUACAUGUUUUCAUUUGCUACUCACAUUUAUUAAGUAACUUUGUAUUUCAAUCAGUUUUCUCAUUGUGGAACUGAAAAUCAUUUUAAAAUAUUUGCUGACAGCAUGCCAUAAAAGGAAUUGCUUGAAAGCACUGUCGUGGAUUAGGAUAAUCUAAUAUUUGUUUCAACUUCUAAGUGCAAUCCUAAGUCCCAAUAAGUAAAAACAUUUAAACUUGAUGUCCAUGGUCAUGUUGAGGUGACAUAAUCAUGUACAUUCCAGUGCGAAAAUGUUACUGUAUGCUCAACAGUAUGUAUAGAAAACAGUUAUUUUCAUAAUACGAUCCUGUUUAAAAUCACUAAACUUCGCUUAUUGUUUUA